CAUGUAGCAUUGGGGCGGAUUAGAACCUAAAAGCCUCAAGACGUCGAGGAAGAUCCUCAGUUUGGAAGAGAGUGCUGACGUUCAGGGACUGGAUAGCAGGCUGUAAGAAAGUGUCCUGUUGGGCGUUUUAAUUUAUUCAGCCUUGGCCAUCUCCACUUGAUCGUCAAACUAACUCCUCUGGGAUAGACAAAAUUUGAUACCUCAUCGUAUUGUUGAUUGUAAUUGAGUUUCCCAUCAUCUCAAAGUGGUUGGCCUGUCUCCUGGGGGGAAAGCCAUAUCCCUUGACAAGAAGACGAACAAAAGAGCUCUCAAGGAAAUCAGAUCGUUGUGCUGCACUCACUUUUGUGGAUUGCGAGCAACCUGUUCCGCCGACACCAGAGCCCUUGUUGUUAUCUUUCUUCUGCCCCUUGAACUAAUUAGAAAUCUCCCGAAGAUUGCGAGGGUGAAACCCCAACAACAAACAACAAGCCGGUCUAUCCUCCUGCUUCUGAUCCUUGGGCAAUUGUCCAAUCUGUCCACCUCCUUGCACCUCUUGUGGAGUUCGGGCAAAUAGAAGCUCCCUGAAAAGCUGUAUCCUGUGUUUUUUCUGCUGUACUAAGCCGAGGUUUGUUCCCGGGUAUAUUUCCCCAGAGCAAAGUACACGGAGCAACUGCCCAGUGACAAGUGGAACCAGCGUUCUUUCGAUAGUGUCAGCAAGUUUGGCUAUCAUUGCGCAAAGAAGAGCGUCGAAGACGAGUUUCACGGCGGUAGUCAAGCCACUUCGAGUCAGACAUCAUCAGGAAGAUAGGGAUCUGAGGCUCCUCAGAUCCUCUUUAUACAUUCAUUCCACUUGACUGACUUAAGCCUACACAAGUUAUAACCAAGCAGAGCGAAGACGGCGAUUGAAGUGAUCGUUUGAGGGCGAUAACCAAGCCAAUAUUAUUGGUGAAGGUCCAAUGAAAGCUAACCCCGUGUGUGAUCGCUUGCUUACCCAUGUUCCCGAGUGUGUAAUACUCCUGAGAACACAAGAAGCUUCGUAAUCGUAACGAAUGCUUGACGUCUUCGAUCCUUGAGACGCCGGGUACCUGUUCACUGUCUACGAAGUCUCACCUUUGAGGAUUGAGGCUAGCCCAUAUUCCCUGAAGAAGCCAGGGUGGACGAGUUUACACCAAACAUAAACAACGUAUCUGUCUGAGGCUUUCAAACACACAAGUGCUGGUGGUCAAAAGGACCAAGUCUGAAGUAGUUUGUCGGAUAAACAACCCGAGGAGGCUGCACGAUCCAAACAAGUUUGGAGGAAGCUCCUUCUUAUUGAAUUACCGUCGGUGAGCAGACUGAUCGGUUGUUACUCUCUACUUCCAUUGAUUACUUUGGUUAGCGGUGACCAACAACCGAGAUGGGAUACCAAGGUUGAAAAGCUUGGCCAAAACUCCUUCAGCAGGGGCUUUGAUCGAAAGUUGUGUCUACAGUUAUCUAUCUAUUCAAGUGGUCUCUCGUUUGUGUUCACUUCGUGAUUUGGAUAUAUCGUUCCCAAAGUACGGCCAAACCGACUCUCGUCGCAUUUCACCCAAGUCGAAAGGGCUAAAAAGGGCAGGUUUGAAUUUCCAAGAGGACCUUCUUCGUUUCUCCCCUUCUGGCUCCUUGUCCUUCUCUGAUUCAGUUUUGAUCUCCUCCACUGAAGAAGGUUGAAAGGCCACGAUCGACGGAGACUACAUUUUGAAGACCCAUGCUAAGGUUCAGCCCGGCCGAGCGGUCCAAUCAAGUUUAGCAUGCUUUGGGAAUCCAUUGGUGCAUGAAAAAGAAAUCUUCGAUCCUUUCGCGGCCGCAAGCAUACCCCAGGGCUUGUUGAUUAUUGCAGAUAGGAGAAUCGACCGCUACACUGCAACUCAAUUCUCACUCUGGCUUGACUGGAGACUUGGAAGUGUUCCCCGAUCUCCAAUUAGGAUUGCUUGUUUUGUACCAGAGCCUGGUCGUUCCGUGCCGUAAUACAAGACAAUUUCGUUUGCCGUUGCGGACCCUUCUUAUACCCACACCAUUGGGGAAUGCCAGACACAAUAGUUCUGUCAAAGACAAUGGAUGUGGGAUUUAAUUCAGCCGGCCGAGUUGGCUACAGUCCUGGUCCUUCCUCCUCCAUUAGGAGCCGGAGCAUUCCCCAUUCCGAGAGCUUCUCUACCACGGAUCCUGCCAAGUUGACGGAUCAAGAGCUUGAUUGCCUGAAAGAGGCCUUCUCUCUCUUUGAUGCCGACCACGACGGGGAAAUCACGGUGGGCGAGCUUAGCCGGGUUAUGAGAAACCAUGGGCUCAAUCCCACCGAUGAGGAACUCAGUGAUAUGAUUCGGAAUGUGGACAAGAACAGCAACGGUGCCAUCGAUUUCAACGAGUUCAUUGAGAUGAUGCUAAGGCGCGACUCACGCAUAGAGGAGGAUGUGGCUCAUGCCUUCCGAGUGUUCGACCGCGACGGAGACGGCCUCAUUUCCGCCGAAGAGCUCCGUCUCACUAUGAACAACCUGGGAGAGCCCCUCACCGACCAAGAAGUUAGGGCCAUGAUUGACGAGGCCGAUCUCGACGGGGACGGGCUAAUCAACUUCCAAGAGUUUGCCCGCCUUAUGCAGGCCCAAGCUGGCAUGUCGGCAUCGGCCUCGACGCCAAAACUGAAUGGAAAGGAGGCCCACCGAUAUUAGCCACCCCCCUUCGUCUCCAUUUGUCAAUCAAAACUUUCCCCCAAAGCGCCUCAUCCUCAUGACUCACCCGGUCUUAAUUCGACCCAAUGCAACGUCUUUUUUCUAGAGCAACAAGAAGCUCCGAGCUUCCAUCGCCUCGCUCGAUCGACCCACCGUUGAGGCUGUGAAGAGAUUUCGGCCUCAAUGGUUCCACCGACUUUGUCCCUUGCCAACAACGAAGCGACCAAGAAACAAUGCCAAGAGAUUGAUCAUUCUGCCUGGAACGGAUAUAGACGACCAAGCCAACCUAGAGCUCGCCAUCUUUUCACACUGGAUAGAUGGAUGGAUGGAUAGAUGGAUGGAUGGAUGGAUGGAUGAUGGUCGUUCGAUUGGUUCCAGCUCAAUUUCCAAUAUAUACCAUGUCUUCCCAAUUUCCUGUUCAGGCUGGACUUUCAAGCUCAAACAAGAACAUUAUGUUUGUUUUCGCACUGUCCUCUUCUGUUUGAUUCUCUCCAGUUCUCGAUGUGCCAGCAUUUGUUCCUUUCCUGCCGGAACAAGAGUUCCCCGGAAGUGAUUGAUUCUCAAUUACAACCACUCUGAUUCUUCUUCUUCUACUUGUUCCACUUUCGCCGCCAGCUUCUUUCAGUGUUCCAAGGAGUCUUGUUUCCUUGACAGAUCAUCAUUUUCAAGUUGUCUGGGUGUCUGCUUAUUUGGUUGGUUUCAUCAUGAAAUUAAUUGUCAAUGUGUACUGUAUCAUUCAAGACCAACACGUUGUUGGGUAUUCCGUGAACAUGUUUGAAUACUAUCUCGAGAGCUGUGAGCUUGUCCUUGGCUUGGUGAGCACCUGUUGUUUCUUCGGCCACUCGUUGGACGCCAGAUCCGAUAAUGUCGCCUUGAAAUCUGAAUGGGGGUGAAGGGUGUGAAUAAGAUGAGUAGUUGGAACGACAACAACAAAAGAACACAUUAUAUUGUACGUUAUUAAUGCUGUAAUCAUGCUAUUAUUGUUAACGUUGCCUUACCAACGAAGCGUGCAUACAUGAGUAAUUAACGGCACUUAGAUUCAGCUGCUUCCAAUUGUUACCUAUGACAAAUAUACACUUUUAAUUACAUUCAACUAAUAAUGCGAGUAUGCGCUGAACGAUGAGAAUCAAACCUUUCCUGACUACAAUAACAUUUUCUUUACCAAUUAUGUUAUGCAAACACGUUAUGCACCAAAUAAUUGCCCGCCCAGGAUUCCGAUCUCGUCCACAAAGGCAAAGAAGUGUUUUCUUGUUAGAGGCAAAUUGGCGACAUUUGCGCAUGUUUUGUGCUGAUGAAAAGUUCGAAAUAAACAAAAUUUUCCGAUUAUUCA